UCUCUGAUCAACCUCACUCACAAACCACCACUAUGACCCGCUGACCUCACCAAACACCCUACCUACCUCAUGCCCUCCAUAACCCCCAUCCUGCGAGGUCUCCUCAGGCCAACCAGGUUCCGACUCUCCCCCAACAAACCAACCAGCCCCCAUUCACCACCACCACCAUCAGGACGACGACCACCACCCUCACAACCACCACCACCCUCACCCACCAACACCACACCCAACACCACACCCCCCCCAACCCCCCCCAACCAUGGCCGCCACCUCCCCUCCUGGGUCGGCCACCCCGCCCGGGUAAUCAUCACCACGCUCAAGUUCGUCGCCUUCACGCACCUGAUCUGGGAGUACGUGAUCUCGAUGGCGCCGGCGUCGGGCCCGUCGAUGCUGCCGACGUUCGAGGUGCUGGGCGAGUGGCUGCUGGUGUCGAAGCUGCACCGGUUCGGGCGCGGGGUGGCGGUGGGCGACGUGGUGGCGUACAACAUCCCGAUCAACGAGGAAGUGGGCGUCAAGCGCGUGCUGGGCCUGCCGGGGGAUUACGUGCUGAUGGAUACGCCGCCGGAUGAGGUUGCGGCGGGGGGCGGCGGCGGCGGUGGUGGUGGUGGUGGUGGUGGUGCGGGGGGUGGGGCUGGGACUGGGGGUGGGAGUAUGAUUCAGGUACCAAAGGGUCAUUGCUGGAUUGUCGGGGAUAACUUGGUAGCGUCCCGGGACUCGAGGUAUUUCGGUCCGGUGCCGCUGGCCCUGAUCCGGGGCAAGGUCAUUGCCACGAUGAGGCCGUUCUCUGAGUUCAAGUGGAUCACCAACUCGAUGCAGAGAGCAGAAAGCCCGGCCGAGGGUUGAUCAAGCGAUAGAACCCUACACACGUAUUAUUACAACACGUUUGGUCAACGCCAGCACCAUCCCGAAACGGGCAAUGUAAGUCUCAUCAACAUGGUGCAUAUGUAUAAAUUGUGGGUUCUAAUUACAUCGGCUACGACAGGCCAGGCCUAGGAUAGCAAUCCAGGACGGCCGUGUUGGUAAUGGGUAAAGAGGCAUCGCGGGAAACCGCGGGGUAUGAUAGUAGCUCGGGCGGCCCGACGUCAUCCGUAUCACUCUUCUGCGCCAUAAUACAAAAGAAAAACAAAGCAGGGGGUUGAGGCCCUCGAAAGAACCCAGCAACCCAGAUUGUCCCCACGUCCCCCCCAC